CACUUAUCUACAGGCAUUCCUGCCACAGAGCUGACUGAGUGAUGUGUUAAUGGUUAACCAGUGCUAUUAAAGGGAAGUGGCAAAGUUCAGCGGGGUAGGAAGCUGCAGCAGCCAUUUUAGCUGUGCAGGACGUGCCUCUCGGUGCUCUCUCACAUCAGCCAUGGAGCACAGGCGAACAGACGGCCGACUAUCAGCUGGCAUCUCUGCCAGGCCGACUGCACAAUGGUGACACUGAAUCACUUGAGCGUAGAAGACCCACAUCAUGACUCCCCACCGCCGCCUGAGGCUCCGAUACCAACACCUGACUGUCACAGGCAGCCGCUGGUCCCAAAGCCUGGCUCCGGGGAAUUUUUCCUUGGCAGGAGGAACAAUCUUGCCCUCAGUCUGGUGCUGCUGAUUGGAUGCUACUCAGCCAUCCUGAUACCCGUAUAUUUCCCCUUGGAUCAGGUGGCAACACUCGGCAAUGACUUCCACCACCCCAAAGAUCUGGUCUUAUUAAAUCGAUCAGCCACGCUGCUGUCAGGACCCUGUCGGCCUGGCUGGUGUCUGAACCACCUCACGUCUCUGUCCUUCUCUGCGGGCCUCGUGGACAUCCCUGUGUUUGUGCAGCAGGACAGGCCUGUGCCCUGGGAGCUGUCCCCUCCUCUGGGGCUCCAGGGCAGUGAAGAGCAUCUGGCCCUGGCUCUCGCCUCUCUGCCUGAGCACAGCCUUCCUCCAUCACUGGGGAGAGAAGGCAGCUGCAGGCGAUGCAUGGUGGUGGGCAAUGGAGGGGUUCUUCACGGGAGCCAUCUUGGAUCUCAUAUAGAUCAGUAUGACAUCAUUAUCAGGUUGAACAAUGCUCCAGUGCCUGGCUUUGAGAGAGAUGCUGGCUCCCGCACCACCAUCCGCCUGAUUUACCCAGAGGGAGCACCUCACUUAGCAAAAGAGUACAAAAAGACCACCAUUGUUGCUCUGGUGGUUUUUAAAAGCCUGGACCUGGACUGGCUCACUUCUGUCAUCACCAAACAGCCUCUGAGCUUCUGGUCCAAAAUGUGGUUCUGGAGGGAGGUGGUAGAUGAUAUUCCCCUGAGACCAGAGAACUUCAGGAUCCUCCAUCCAGAGAUUAUUCACAAGACAGGACAAGUCUUACAGAGAUAUGCUCGGAAACAGGGAAACAUGGUGCCAACACUCGGUGCCAGCGCGGUGGUGAUGGCCUUGCAGCUGUGUGACCACGUGAGCCUGGCAGGAUUUGGGUAUGAUAUGCAGCACCCAGGGGCCAGGCUUCACUACUACGAGGCCAUACGCAUGGACGCGAUGAAGGCUCAAGUGGUGCAUGACGUCAGUGCCGAGAAACUCUUCUUGGGCGACCUGGUGGCUGCAGGAGCUGUGACCGACCUCACAGGGGCUCUGGGCGUCAGCAGCACAGACACUGAACAUCCAGUGAACUCCACAUGCACUCCUCCCUCUCACUGUGAGCCCGUAUAGCAUCUUCCAUGACCAGGCGCCGCCGGAAGAAUCCUACAAGGCUUGGACUGACCUUUAAAGCACUGGCUCCAGGGAAGCCUGACGAGCGGGUGACUGUGGAGAAGGGCCUCAGUAUACAACUCUGUUACAAGUAUAGCAAUUGUCAUAUGGGUGAAUCAUUUGUCACCUCACACAGGAACAUGCUCAGAAAAUGGCUGCAUGUUGUGUAAUAUAUACAAUGGUCUGUGUUCCAAACAGUGGUAUUUAAAAUCUGUUUACAAUGACUCAAUAAGAAAGUGAAUAAGAAACUACUCAUGUUUAUAGGUUAAAAAAAGACUUGUAUUAAUCUGUAUUAUACAUAUACAUUUGUACUAUUACAUGUCUCAUUCUUACAGGUUAUGACACUAAUAAUAAAGAAUAUAUAAAAAGUGA